AUGAUCCAAAAACAACAAUUAACGUUGCUUUCGUCAAUGAUAACAAGAAAAAAAAGGAAGUGCUGGACUUUGAAAAGAACGAAGAAGUUUUGGGAAGAAGAUUGCCAAAAAAAUGGUCCUGAGUUCUUUGAAGAAAAUUUUCGUAUGAGCAUAGAAUCUUUCAAUGAGCUUUGCAAUCGUUUGAAAAAUUUGGAGAAGCAAGACACCAGCUUUAGAUGUGCAAUUUGUUUAAGAAAAAGAAUUGCAAUUGCACUUUACUGUCUUGGCUCAUCCGCUGAAUUCAGAAGCAUUGCAAAUCUGUUUGGCGUUGGAAAGGCCACAGUUUGCAAAUGUUUGAAAGAAUUUUGUGCAGAAGUGUGGAAAACUCUUUUGCCUUUAUAUAUGAAUGCUUUGCCAUUAAGCAGCGAAAAGGUAAAAGAGUGCAUUAGCGGCUUCGAAGUCAUGGGUUUUCCACAAUGCGUGGAAAACCCUUCGUUAUAUGAAGAAUAAAUUCCUUUUUGGAAAAAAUAUGUGAGAAGUAUGUUGA